GAGCAGGGCCGAGGCGGCGCGGCUGCCGGCUGGAUGGGAAGUUAAUGUUUACGGCGAAGUCCACCCAACGUUUCCAAGGUGGCGACAGACAAGGUUGCAGAAAAGCUGAGUUCUACUCUCUCAUGGGUGAAGAACACAGUUUCGCAUACAGUCAGUCAGAUGGCCAGUCAGGUGGCAAGUCCAUCUGCUUCAUUACACACUACAUCCUCAUCUACCACACUGUCAACACCAGCCCUUUCACCGUCUUCCCCAUCACAGUUGAGUCCGGAUGACUUGGAACUCCUGGCUAAACUGGAGGAACAAAAUAGAUUAUUAGAGACGGAUAGUAAGUCUUUAAGAUCUGUAAAUGGGUCAAGAAGAAAUAGUGGCUCCUCUCUUGUAUCAAGUUCAUCAGCCUCCAGUAAUCUCAGCCACCUUGAAGAAGAUUCUUGGAUUCUUUGGGGAAGAAUUGUUAAUGAAUGGGAAGAUGUGCGCAAAAAGAAGGAAAAACAAGUUAAGGAACUUGUUCGUAAAGGAAUACCCCACCAUUUUAGAGCAAUAGUUUGGCAACUUUUAUGCAGUGCACAAAGUAUGCCAAUUAAGGAUCAGUAUUCAGAACUCCUGAAAAUGACCUCACCUUGUGAAAAACUGAUCCGGAGGGACAUUGCUAGAACUUAUCCUGAACAUAAUUUUUUUAAGGAAAAAGAUAGCCUUGGACAGGAGGUUCUAUUCAAUGUGAUGAAGGCAUAUUCUUUAGUGGAUCGUGAGGUUGGUUACUGUCAAGGAAGUGCUUUUAUAGUUGGAUUAUUGCUUAUGCAGAUGCCAGAAGAAGAAGCUUUCUGUGUAUUUGUUAAAUUAAUGCAAGAUUAUAGACUUCGUGAACUUUUUAAACCAAGUAUGGCAGAAUUGGGCCUUUGUAUGUACCAGUUUGAGUGCAUGAUACAGGAGCAUCUUCCAGAGCUCUUUGUACACUUUCAGUCUCAGAGUUUUCAUACCUCAAUGUAUGCAUCAUCCUGGUUUCUGACUAUCUUUCUUACAACUUUUCCAUUACCAAUUGCAACACGGAUAUUUGAUAUCUUUAUGUCUGAGGGUUUAGAAAUAGUGUUUCGAGUAGGAUUAGCACUUCUUCAAAUGAAUCAGGCAGAAUUAAUGCAACUUGACAUGGAAGGGAUGUUACAGCACUUUCAGAAGGUCAUUCCACAUCAGUUUGAUGAUAGUGCAGAUAAACUAAUCCAAGCAGCUUACCAAGUCAAAUACAACUCAAAAAAAAUGAAAAAGCUUGAAAAGGAAUACACUACAAUAAAAACUAAAGAAAUGGAAGAGCAAGUUGAAAUUAAAAGGUUACGCACAGAAAAUAGACUUUUAAAACAGCGCAUUGAAACGUUAGAAAAAGAAAGUGCUUCCUUGGCAGAUAGAUUGAUACAGGGACAAGUGACAAGAGCCCAGGAGGCUGAGGAAAACUACCUCAUAAAACGGGAGUUGGCCACCAUCAAACAGCAGAGUGAUGAGGCCAGUGCUAAGCUGGAGCAAGCUGAAAAUACCAUCAGGAAGCUCCAGCACCAACAACAAUGGCAUAAAUGCAGUUCCAACUACAAUGAAGAUUUUGUGCUACAGCUGGAGAAAGAAUUGGUCCAAGCCCGACUGAGUGAAGCUGAGUCUCAAUGUGCACUAAAGGAGAUGCAGGAUAAAAUCCUGGAUAUAGAAAAGAGAAACAACUCCUUUCCUGAUGAGAAUAAUGUUGCAAGGCUUCAGGAGGAACUCAUUGCUGUGAAGCUGAGAGAAGCAGAAGCCAUUAUGGGUUUGAAAGAACUUAGACAGCAAGUCAAGGAUUUAGAAGAACACUGGCAGCGCCAUUUAGCUCGUACUACUGGGAGAUGGAAAGACCCACCUAAGAAAAAUGCUGUGAAUGAGUUGCAAGAUGAAUUGAUGACCAUUCGACUUAAAGAAGCUGAAACACAGGCAGAAAUAAGAGAAAUAAAACAAAGAAUGAUGGAAAUGGAGACACAGAACCAGAUCAAUAGUAAUCAUCUUAGAAGAGCAGAACAAGAGGUGAUCAGUCUACAGGAGAAGGUACACUAUCUUUCUGCACAGAACAAAGGACUACUUACUCAAUUAAGUGAAGCAAAGCGCAAACAAGCAGAGAUUGAAUGCAAGAACAAGGAAGAAGUGAUGGCUGUGAGACUUCGAGAAGCAGAUAGCAUAGCUGCUGUGGCUGAACUGCAGCAGCACAUUGCUGAGCUUGAAAUCCAGAAAGAAGAAGGAAAGCUUCAAGGACAGCUUAACAAGUCUGAUUCUAACCAGUAUAUUAGGGAACUGAAAGAUCAGAUAGCAGAGCUGAAUCAUGAGCUCAGGUGCCUAAAAGGCCAGAGGGGCUUCUCAGGCCAACCUCCUUUUGAUGGAAUUCACAUUGUCAACCAUUUAAUAGGAGAUGAUGAAUCAUUCCUUUCCUCAGAUGAAGAUUUUAUAGAUAACUCCUUACAGGAAAGUGGCAUUGGUUUUCCCUUGCACAGAAAAUCAGGCCCAAUGUCUUUGGACCCCACUGUGGCAGAUGGUAGUGAAAGCGAAACAGAAGACAGUGUGCUGGAGACCAGGGAGAGUCACCGAAGGAUCCAAGAGGAGCGGCCCCCACGAAGAGAGUCACACUCAACCACUGUCUGACCAUCACUGUGACCCAGACUACAGAUUUCUUCAAGGGAUCCAGUUGUCCUAUGAUUAGGGAUUUUUUGGAUUUAUCUGUUUCAUAUGUACAUAUAUAUAUAUAUGCACAUAUAUAUAUUUUACAAUCCUAUCUGCCUUUUUUUAUCUUUGCCAAAUCUUCACCACUGAUUUUCCAUUACCAUAAAGUUGACUGGAAUAUGGUUAAUGGGUAAAAUAAGGUUCUAACAGUAUUAAUGAACAUUAAUGUUUCUUGUUUAGAAAAUGUAACUAUCUAAAUGUGAGAACCAUUUUGAAGUUCAGA